UAAACAUGCGUCUCACGCACCCUCCUCCACUCGCCACCAUGCGCUCCUCCUCCUCCACCGCCACGUCAUCAUCCUCCUCCUCCCCGAAACCCAAAUCCUCAAACCCUAGCCACCACUCCAACGGCCACAACAGCCCCAAUUGCACCCUCCUCUGCAAACACUCCCCCUCUGCGACUCUCGACCUCCUGAUCCUCAUCCUGGUCCUCUUCUCCGGCACCUUCCUCAUCACCUCCUACUUCUCCUACAUCUUCAACUCCCUCUCCCUCCUCCUCUCCCACUCCGCCCCUCACCUCCCGAUCCCCUAUCUCGCCGGCUUCCUCCUGUUCUUCGUCGCCGCGCUCCUCCUCGUCGAGUUCUGCUGCGGCAAGCGAUCGCGCAAGUGCGACCGGGCCGGAUGUAAGGGUCUGAAGAAGGCCAUGGAAUUCGAUUUGCAGCUGCAGACGGAGGACUGUGUCAAGAGCGGGUCUAAGGAGAUCGAUAAGCUGCCGUGGAAGGGCGGCAGCGAGACUAAUCCUGAUUACGAGUGUUUAAGGUCCGAGCUCCGGAAGAUGGCUCCGCCUAAUGGCCGCGCCGUGUUGCUGUUUCGGGCGCGGUGUGGUUGCCCCGUCGCCAAGCUUGAAGGAUGGGGUCCCAAGCGAGGCCGCCGGCAUAAGAAGGCUCUGGCGAGUACGAUUCCCAAUGGUGGAGACAAUCGCUGAUUGUUUGGGAUGCUUUCUUUGCUGGAGUUUACAUUACAUGUUAUAUCAUUUACCUGUCUGAUUAUAUUCUAUAGACAUUUCUUUCUUUUUUAUUUCUGGAUGAACUCCAUUCUCAAUCAAAACAACCGUUUUCUUGAUGAUAUAUUUAUGCUGGCAUACAGAUGUCAAAACGACCUUGUCUAGAGUCUAGACAUACAUAUUCUCGAGCGAUUGUCUCAUGUGUAAGGGUAUAACAAACUGAAUCAGAAUAAACAUAUGAAAUUUUAAGUUGGAUAUAUAUUUACCGUUUAAGUCU